AUGACGUCAAACAGGUACCUAACAUGGACCUUCGACACAUUUACCAAGCUGGGCAUCAAAGGUCCAACUCCCUUGCCCGGCCUUGGAAACUUUUGGUCACUUUAUAAAAUGGGUAUGGUGAAAUUUGACAUUGAGAUGAUCAAAAAGUACGGACCUGUUCACGGAGUUUACUUCGGCAGGCAGCCCCUCAUGACCAUCUACGACACGUCCAUCUUGAAGCAGAUCAUGAUCAAGGAGGCCCAUCUCUUUCCUAAUCAUUUUAACCUCCAAUUAUUUGCUCCACCUCUGGACAAAAUUUUGUUCACGUUGACUGAUGAACACUGGAAGCAUGUGAGGAGUGUCGUCAGUCCCAUCUUCAGUAGUGGCAAGAUGAGGAAGAUGUCCGACAAGAUAAACAAAUGCUGCAAAACUUUUCACAAAAAUUUGAAAGUUGAGGCGGAUAUGAGAAGAACUUUUGAUUUCGACAGCGCAUGUGACGCCUUCACAAUGGACCUGAUAGCCAGCGUGGGAUUUGGAGUCUCCAUCGACUCCCACAACAAUCCCAACAACCUCUUCGUCAGGAUGGCCAAGAAGGUUUUCCAGAACAAGUUAACGUUGGGAGUGGUUCUCUUGUCACCAUGGUUGUUGAAACCUCUCACUCGUCUUGGCGUUCCAUUGUUCGAGAAUGAUUUCAUCCAAUUCUUCACUGACGUCAUCAACAGAACCAUCAAAGAGAAAGAUGAUGAUGCUGAUGAUAAUGAACUGGACUUUCUGCAGACGUUGAUAAAUGCCCACCAAGCAAGUGCUGAUGGUGAUAAUCUUAGAGGAAAUAAAGACUUGUUGGCUCAGAGCUUAUCAUUUUUCCUGGUUGGUUUUGAGACGGUGUCCGUAACACUCUCCUACCUGUGUUACAACUUGGCCUGCUACCAAGAACAUCAAGAGAGACUGUUCAAAGAGAUCGUCCAGAUUAUUGGGAAAGAGAAUCCGACAUACGAUUCAAUCAAACAACUAACCUACCUGGACAUGUGCCUCAAUGAAACUCUCAGAAUGUUUCCUUUUGCCACCAGGACAGACAGGGUUGCCUCGCAAGAUGUCACCAUCAACGGAUUGUUCAUUCCAAAAGGCAUGGCUGUAGGUAUUCCCAUUCAUUUCCUGCAAAAUGAUCCGGACUACUGGCCCGAUCCUCACGUAUUCAAUCCGGAACGAUUCUCAGAAGAUAAUUGGAAGGUCAGCAUUGUGGACCCCAUGCGUUUCAUGCCCUUCGGAGCUGGUCCGAGGAACUGUGUGGGCAUGAGACUGGCCAAGAUGGAAGUCAAGAUGGCCGUUGUCCAUCUCAUCAGGAACUUCCGGUUUGAUGUUUCUGAGAAAACUGACGUAAGUUGCGUUGUUGUUGUAGAUGAUGGUGGUGGUGGUGGUGAUGAUGAUGAUGAUGAAAAUAAUAGUCUGUUAUGUUGA